UCUGGAAGUCAUUCACCGGUCACAGCGAUAGUCUCCACCCAUAAUAGAGUGAAUCCAGUGUAGUUUAGUGUAGUAUAAGGAAUCCAAAUUUACUCUUAAAGCAAACAAUCGUCAUCAUUACCGAUGGCUGAUAUUCUAGUAGAGAGAAAUUUUACAAGCGGUAGAACAAUAUUCGCUCAGUUUAGCGACCGGCUAGUUUUCAGAUGUUUACUCUGCUCCGAUGACAAACUAUUCAUUAAUUCAGCGGAUAGUCAUUCCCACCAUCCCAUACAGCCGCUGGUAUCGGACGAAUUACUCGAAGCCCAAGCAUUUUACCAUCAAACAGGAGAGUUCAGCUGCCCACACUGCGACAUUGUCCAGCUAAAUAUUUCGGACCUGUACGAGCACCUCAUUCUGGAACAUCUGGACAAUCUUGGACCAGUGCGCUGCCCGGUUUGUGUCUGCUUCGGUGGUAACGCCUCGUUGGUGGAAAAUAUUCAUCUAUCCGAACAUAUUGCCACGAAUCAUUGUACCUCUUGGGAGCAGUACCGAGAAAAGAUUGUGAGCUGCGGGAACGAAAGUGACGACCUGGCAUUGUUUAAAUACAAUAUCGCGAAUCUUCCAUUUACCUACUGUGGGAUGACGAGUUCGAGUACGGGGUCAUCCACUAGCGCCGCCUACUCAGCUAAUCCGGAAGCGAGUGAUGAGAGCAUUGAAACUGACCAAAGUCGCAUAAUCUGUGUAGAGCCAACGUCUGAUUUUAAUAGCGAUAGAAGGUCAUGUGGACAUAUGACUCAGAGCCAAAAGCAUACCGAUUCUCCGUUUUCCCAAAUUUUGAACCGUAUCUUUCGCACGGUUCAAGAUGGAAAAAGUUAUGACUCAAUUGGCACUGAAACCGCUGCUGAGGUGUUUGAAGAUAGUGAUGAACUUGGUGAAGAUUUCGAGUUUUUGAGCUGCGACGAGAGUGAAAGCGAAAACGAAAACGAAAUGAUUUCCGCGAUGAAGCGUAUAUCGGGUGGUUUGUGCAAUCAAGCGAACAUUACUUGUGUUAUCUGCAUGGAACCGGUGCUAGACGCUAGUAGGCGACGAUUACCGUGUGCGCACUCAUUCCACUCUGAAUGCAUUGAUAACUGGGUUCGCGAGGAAGCUACCUGUCCCCUAUGCAGAAAACAAAUUUCGUGAGGAAAUCACAAGUGCAUAGUGAGUCAAUUACUCGACCGUCAAUAGACGGAAUGUCUAUAAAUUGGUAUUAUUAUUUUUGCUUCGUUCCCAAGAUCAGUAAAGUAAGCAAAGUAAAGAAAAAAAACCUGUUUUAAUCCACCUAGAGGUGCAAUUGUGCCUUUCUCAUUUCUCUAAACUAUGGCACGGAGGCUUUUUAUGUUCAACAUAAUUGUGGAAAUGUCCAUUACAUUCUUAGUACACUUUGCACCUUUACACAAUGGCAUGCCAGCCACGAACUUGAUGAGCUACGUGUCGACGGUGAAACACUUGAAACAAAAAAUAUCAUACUUCAUUAGCCUAAUCAGCAUUAGAUCAAUGUUAUCUGCUUGCUAACUCAUUUUGUCAUGCGGGGGUGGGUAUGUGAGGAGGGCGAAAGUCCCAUGAACGAAC